CUUUUUUACUUCUGAUUCUGACAAAUGAUGUAUAACCUUCAUAACUUUUGUUUAUUAAAUUUAUAAUCAAUCUACGAUUAUUAUAAUACAAAGUAAAGUGAAUGUUUCUUAACAUCUAUAAUAAAAACGAAAAAUUUUAAAAUGAAUAUAGUUGAAAAAGUUACUGCUGAAUUUGCCCAGGCAUCUAUUUAUGACUUUGAUGCCAACGAACUCUACUUUCCCAACAUGUGUCAUGUUUGUCAGUGUUACGGCGAAAAUGCUGUUAAUUUAAAAAGAUGUAGUGCUUGCGAAAUGAUAUCUUACUGUUGUGAAGAGCAUCAAAUAAAAGAUUGGCAAAAUCAUAAACAAUUUUGCAAAGUAAUACGUCAAAUAAAAAAUGAAUGGGGUGUUGAUAAUAUAUUUAAAUCACUAAAAAGCACGUACGCAAAAGAAUCGUUACACACUUUGAAGAAUUUUGAAGAUAAAAUGAUUUAUUACGAAUCAUUAUUUGCUGUGAAUAAAUGUUUAUUAACUAGAAGUAUGGAAUUACUACAGAGAAAAUUAAAAAAAAUUGAAUUUGAAAUGAUUCAAUUUCCAAGGGUUUGUGCUGUUUGCUAUGAAAGUAAACAAGAAUUAUUGACAAAUUGCAAAAAAUGUCCUCAAUCUAGUUUUUGCAAAGAACAUUUAAAUGAUCCUAGUCAUAAAAGUGAGUGUAUGAAAUUUAUAUCUUGUUUCAAUUCACAAAUUAAUGAAGGUCUCGAUGAUACUUGUACAAUAUUGUCUAAUGUUAUGAACAAUAUGACAUCACCUUUUUAUCCGAAAGUUAAAAAAUUACCCGAUUCUAUUACACAAUUUUUGGAAACACGUUUGUCAUUAGAUUUAGCAACAUUAAAAAUUAGCAACACCUUGUUUACAGAAGAAAUGAAAUCAAUAUAUAAUCCCGUUUUAUCAAAUCGCUAUUCCUGGCCAUUUACAUUACUUUAUGCCAUUGAAAAAUUGGGUCUUCAUUUACAUUCAAUGGUGAUUCAUGUUAUUGGAUCAGCAAUAUUGGAAUUAUUUGCUGAUUGGGAAAUGAUAUUUCAUUUUUUACCACAAAUGCGUGAAAUUAAAGUAAUUCUCAUUGGUCCUGAACUGAUGGUAGUUGAUAGAAAAAUACAAGAAGUUUGUGAUCUCUGCAAGAAAAAGAAAAAGAAACUAAUAUUUGAAAAGAUAAAAACUAUGUAUGAUAAAUAUUGUAUUGAAAAAAGUUACUUCAAUCCUGAUAUGAUUGUCUGUUUUAAUCCAGGAUUUCAUGUUUAUGAAACAUGGCAUAAAUCCGUAAAGUUAUUCAAUAAAGUUCAAUGUCCAUUAUUGGUAACAGCAUUAAAUACAACUGAAGGAUUAUUAGAUAAAAGUUAUAUUGAUUUACUAUUUCCUUCAGCAAAAUGUAUUUAUAAUGAUAUCAAUCCAUUUGCAAGCAUUCAGUAUUCGAGGGAGUAUAUCCUUCUUCCUAUUGCUGUCAAAAAUCAAUUCAUGAUACUUUACGAAUUUCUCGAUUCGAAAGAAGAUUAAUCCGAAUAAUGUAUAGGCAAUCUUUCUCAAAUGAACAACAUUAAAAUUUAAUUUACGUACAUAAUUUACAAUCUGGAAUUAUGACCAUUUUAUAAUAAAUGAUACGUAACAUAUUUAUGAGGACUUAUGCGGAAAAAGAUGAAUACUUUUCAUUUGAAAUUUUGAAAAAUAAUUACAUCAUUUUUUUUUUUUUAAUUUUUUGUUCGAUAUUAGUCUAAAUAAAGCUUAUGUUUCUUAAAAGUUUUAGUACCAAGAAAUUUGUACUUUUAUAACAAAAAUAAACAUGAUAUUAAAUAAACA